AUGGCCAUGGAUUUGAAGGUGCUGAUCCUCAUUCCAGCCGCUUCGCACUCGGCUGCGAACUGCCCCAGCGCAUGCUUUCCUGCUCCGGUCAUACCGGAGACCGAACAGCCCUUAACAGAGGGCCACGGACCCCAUACUCCCAGAGCACCUCCCACUGGAUGCCACGAGAGACUCGGUCGAAUGCCUUCUCCAAGUCCACAAAACACAUGUGGACUGAUUGGGCAAACUCCCAUGAACCCUCAAGCACCCUGUGACUCUCCUUUCCAAGGGACCACCACCCCGGUCGCUCAGUCCAGAGGCACUGUCCCUGACUGCCACGCUAUGUUGCAGAGACGUGUCAGCCAAGACAGCCCCACAACAUCCAGAGACUUAAGCCUCUGCUUCCUCUAUGGAAGGUGUGUCAGUAGGAUUGAGGAGAUCCUCGAAGUAUUCCUUCCACCUUCCGACAAUAUCCCCAGUCAAGGUCAGCAACUCUCCACCAGCACCAUACACAGUGCUGGCAGAGAGCUGCUUACCCCUUCUGAGGCGCCGGACGGUCUGCCAGAAUUUCCCCGAGGCCGACCGAGAGUCCUUCUCCAUGGCCUCCCCGAACUCCUCCCAGACCCGAGUUUUUGCUUCCACAACCACCCGGGCUGCAGCUCGCUUGGCCUGCCGGUACUCAUCAGCUGCCUCCGGGGUCCCACAAGCCAACCAGGCUCGAUAGGACUCUUUCUUCAGCUUGACAGCAUCCCUUACUUCCAGUGUCCACCACUGGGUUUGGGGAUUGCCGCCACGACAGGCACCAGAGACCUUACGGCCACAGCUCCUGGUAGCUGCGUCAACAAUGGAGGAGGAGAACAUGGUCCACUCAGACUCAAUGUCCCCAACCUCCCUCGGAAUCUUUUUGAAACUCUCCCGGAGGUGGGAGUUGAAGACUUCCCUAACAGAGGGUUCAGCCAGACGUUCCCAACAGACCCCCACAAUACAUUUGGGUCUGCCAAGUCUGUCCGGCAUCCUCCUCUGCAAGCGGAUCCAACUCACCACCAGGUGGUGAUCAGUUGA